GAUUUGAAGCAGAACUUCUGAAGAACUGAAGGUCUGAUAAAGGGAAUCUCUAAGAGAGGUAUUGUAUGUAGACCCAUGGUCUAGUUGUGACAGCGCAGCUCUGAUCAAAUGAAAGCUUCACGCGGUCUUUAUCUGUAGCUGUUGCUGAGCGUCCCUCUUUGACACCCAACGUCUGACUGCGCAUAAGUGGAGGGGAGAAGAGAGAGGGAGGAGAGAAGAGAAAAACAGCAGGAGGAGGGUGAAAUCUAACCACUCUAUGUUGAGGAGCCACAGGCUGUGCACAGCACAUUGCUCUGGAGUUUGAAAGGAUGAAAGGGGGAAGAUUGAGAUUAUCGCUGCAGAGAUUUCGGAGGUGAGGGCAAGUGGAAACUUAUUGACUUCUCUGGCGUCAAUACUGGGGAGGAGAUGAGAAUAAAGGGAUUUUAAUCCACAGGAGGCACAGGACUGUUACUGUGGAGGAGUGCCGUGCUUUUAAUCCUUCAGAAAAGAGGUCAUUUUCUUAUAGAUAAACUUACUUUGAAAUACUUUACCUUUCAAAACCAACAUCGAUUUUUGUGGGAGGGAGAGAUCUGAGGAUUGGAUCGGAUUUGAGACUUCGGGGCUUCAAAGACAUCUUCUGCUGCAAUUUUUCUGAGAAAAAACAUGCAUACGUAAACCACACGAAGACUUACUAUUCAGUGCAAUCUGGAAUCAUGAGCCUCAUAGGAGAAGCAUGUCAGCUGUAGUCUCAUGUGCGGCGCUCUGAGGAAUAGUGCUGGGAACGGAUUCACUUCUGGCAUAAAAUGAGAAAUUUAUCACAGCCGAUCAUUCCUGACCCACUCUUUCAGAGAGCAUGUGGUUUAUUUCGCCUUCUCCUCUCGCGUUUGAAGCCGUGAGACUCUUCUUUGGAAAAUAAGAGCCGGCGGUUGUGCUUACAGACCGGGAGAACUGAAAUAUUUAAGACUCUGGAUGUGAACGAUGCAAUUAACGAUUAAUGAAAACCGAAGCGGCUGUAUGCACAGGUUUCCUAUGUUCACUCAGAGAACUGUGGGAGAGAGUUAAGGUGAGAGGACUAAUGACUGACAGAGGAAUCAGGUUAGCUGUGAGGUACUAUGGAGUACAUCCUGUGCAUUAGCUUGUUUGCUUCUGGCUGAAUUUAGAAACAGCAAGUGUGGCUCAUUCUUGAUCUUUUUCUCUUGCUUCCUCAUUAUUUCUUCCUCCCAUCACGCCUCAGUUCGAGGAACAGGUUGCUGUGCUAUUAAGCAGAUUUAGAUUAACUACUGUUUCCAGGACUGCUGUGCCUUUGGGAUGAACAGUUAAGGCAACUCAUAUGGGUCUACAAAACUCUGAUUGAACAUUCAACCACCCAUCAUUUUUAUCUUGUCUCUCAUAAUCAACAUGGUCCCACCGCCCCCUUCCAACAAGCCACACGUUUGCCUUUCGUGUGUGCUUAUCAUGAGUAGCAUGGCGCUGCUGGAUGCCUACCUUGUGGAGCAGAAUCAAGGUCCACGGAAGGUGGGCAUCUGCAUCAUGGUGAUGGUAGGGGACGUGUGUUUCCUCAUUGUACUACGGUACAUUGCGGUAUGGGUCGGCGCUGAAGUACGAACCGCUAAACGCGGCUACGCCAUGAUUCUCUGGUUCUUCUACGUCUUUGUGCUGGAGAUCAAGGUAUACUUUGUCUACCAGAACUACAAGGCAGAAGGCGAGAGAGUGGACGCUCUUACCUGCAAGGCUUUUACGGUGCUGCUUUCCGUGUUUGUGCCGGGACUUUACGUUACGUUGGCAGCCAUCGACCACAUGGAAUACGUUCGUCCGCUCAAGAAGAGGGAGGAGUUGAGGAGUCGGCUGUUCUGGGUUGUGGUGGAUCUUCUCGACAUCUUGGACAUUCAGGCCAGCCUAUGGGAGCCUCAGAGAAAAGGGCUCCCUCUAUGGGUGGAGGGCCUUACUUUUUUCUACUGCUACAUACUACUUCUGAUUCUGCCGUGUGUGUCGCUAAGUGAAAUUAGCAUGCAAGGUGUGAACAUUGUGCCGCACAAGAUGUUGUUGUAUCCCAUUCUCAGUUUGGUCGCCAUUAAUUUUAUUACGAUUUUUAUACGGGGAGGAAAUAUGGUGUUUUAUAGGGACAUCCGAGUGUCUGGAAUACUAAUGGGUAAGAACGUCCUCGCCAUUGUCCUGAAAAUGUGCAGCUUCGUGCAGUACCGGAGACACCUGCAGGAGGCGCCAACACAUGUUCUCGCUCCAGAACUACAGAGGGAUGCAGUGCCACAAAGUUCUCGAGGGGCAGUGCCAGUCGUAAUGCCCAUGCCCGUCACCAUGCCAACUCCGCAGGUAGUCAUACAAGAUCUCACCACACUUCCUGAAGAGCCCGAACUUGAGGAAACAUGACAAAAGGGGGAAUAAAAAGAGUUUGCACUGAGGAUACUUGGACAAUGCACAACAUGAACAGCUUUGAGAUAUUUUGUCCUAAUGUUAAUGUGGGUGUACACUGUGUGAUUUCCUACUUUAAGAAUGUUUCUUAUCAGAUUGUAUGAUGAUGUUAAUGAUUGGAUACAUACCAGAAUGUUCUGCACAUAGGCCAGACAUUUAGCUGCAUUGACCUGGCAUUUUAAAGCACCACUUAAUAAUUUUUUUGUCUUUUAUUUCCCUGUAGAAAUAUAUAAACAUCCUUAAAACAAAAUUCAUUUAGGCUACUUAAAAUUAAUUUUUAUAUUUUGAAUAUUAAUCCUACCGCACUGUUAAAUUACUUUAACAGGGUAAUGGCAAAUAAAUGUAAUAAAAAAAAAGACGAAAUAUUGAUAAAAAAAAAAAAUCAGUGCAGUUCACAUACCAUUCUCAGUUUCAGAGCUAAUCACAAAUUUUUCCUUAAAAAUGAAAAAAGACUGUGUAAGUAUCUGACAUCAAAAAAGUGGCAAAAUUCAUAGUGUGCACCCAAGUUUUAGUGAAAAAUGUGAUUAAAAUCAUUGAUGAGAUAAAUUAUUUGUGAAAUGAAGACACAAGGCAGCUGUGGAUCUGGGGUCCAUUUAUUUCCAGAAAAAAAAAAAACUCUUUAAUUCUGGAAUGUAAUAGUUUAUGAACAUCAUUAAUUAACAAGUGGAAUGCCAAGCAAAUCACACUUGAAAGAACUCUCAGUGACCCGAUGAUUGUACAAUAACAGACAGCUGCGAAUAUAUCAUCUAUUUUCGUUCUUCCUGGUGGGUGUUAUACAUGUGGUACAUUGUGUUUUUUUGCAGUAAAAUCAUCAUAUUUUUGCAGUCAUUUAAUAACUAUGGUGAAAAGUUGUGUUUUGAAACAACUCAUACUAGAAUGCAUUUCUGUUAUCGCAUUACAAUGUGAAUGAUUUAUAUUUGAUGGAAUUAUGCUUCAUAUAUUCUUUGUUUUGAUGUUUUAUGAGAACCAAGUGGAUGAUAUUUUGUUAUUAAAACAAUGUUUUUGUUGA